CAAAGCUGGUGGCACCAGGUACUUCUACUUGUCUCAUUUUCUCUUCGGGAUGGGGUUCAAGAUAUUCCGACUGACCAGGGCUGUCGUUAUAACCUGGGCUUUCAUUUCUUCCGCCAGCGCAGCCAUCUCAGAAUCCGGAAAAACUGUUGUUGUAGAUGGAAUCAGGUACCAUGUUGCUUCUGACGCAGUUUCAGUCAUUGGCGCUUCAGCGGAUAUGCUAAGCAGAGCCUCUACGGCAGGAGUAGAUUUGAUUCCAUUAUCUAUCAUCUCGGAUUCUUCAAUUUCCUUCACUGCCAGUAUAUUGCAGUCAACUGUGGACUAUUAUACCAAGUCAGAUGAUGUUUUUAACAACGGAUUUUUACAGUGUAUGACCUUGUCCUGUCAUUUUGAUUUUGUGCAUUAAUUGGCCUUCCAGCAAUCUAUUUGAAACAUACGGGUCCGUCGCCAGCAGCGAUUCAGUAUCCCCUUGAUUCCGUUCUCGGUCAAUAUGGAACAAAAUUGUUUAUGGUCUCACGCGAAUAUCAGUCCUCUGUCCAGGGACUAGAACAGCCAAUCACUGAUUUGCAGAAAGACAUUCCCUCUGGUCCAUAUUUCAUGUCUGCCAAAACUGGAAAUGUAUAUCGUGCAUACAGAUUAUACUCUGAUACUUACCAGGCUUUCACUGAAGGAUUGAAGGAAAACGGAGAUGGAAUUUAUUCGGUUCUCAACACCGCUGUUGACCGAUCUAAAACUUCUACCAUUGGCGUUCCCUCACGAAUUUAUUCCACCAAGACUGAUGCGCAGCCGCUUGCGGGCAUUCGACUUGGUGUCAAAGAUAUUUAUGACAUUGCCGGUGUGAAGACUGGAGGCGGAAGUAGAGCUUACUAUGGUUUAUAUCCAGAAAAAAACGUCACUGCCAUCACUGUCCAGCGUUUGAUUGAUACUGGUGCCGUGAUUGUAGGGAAAAUGGUGACUACUCAAUUUGCAAGAGGGAAUGAUUGGGUAGACUAUCCCGCUUCCUGGAACGUGCGUGGUAAUAGUUAAUCUCAUACACCCAACAUAAUUUCCUAGAGUUGGAAGUGCUAACUCACUGUUUUUAGGAGAUGGAUAUCAAGACCCUAUUGGCUCAUCUACAGGCCCAGCAGCAGGAAUUGCCGGUUAUGAUUGGUUAGAUAUAACCCUCGGAACAGAUACAGGCGGAUCAAUCCGCGGGCCCGCCAGUCUAUACGGAGCUUUUGGCAAUCGUCCAUCAUUUGGGCUCGUUUCUCUUGAGGGCGUUAUACCGCUCUCGACAAAUUUUGAUACUCCUGGUUUUAUUACUCGAGAUCCAGUCCUCUGGCAUUCAGCAGCAAAGAUAUUUUAUUUUAUUUUAUUGCUAUUUAACGUCAAGCGGAGUCUAGCUCGCGUGGGCUAGGUCCUAGAAGAGUCCCAAUAUGGGCAAAUGACGCUAGGGGGGUGCCCUAGGCUACAGGGGGUGUAAAAGAAGAGACGCUAAUUUACAAGAGACAGUUUAAAGAGAAGCCCCACUUUCGGGACAGCCCUUAUCCUUAAUUAGUUUUGAGAACCAGGGUACAACAAAAAGAAAUACAUAAAUCAAAGAAAGAAAGAAAAG